UGGCGCUCUGGGCCUGCCCGCCCGGCGGCUCCUCUCCUGCCCAUGAGGCCGCUCGGCGGCAGCGUCUCCGCCCAAGCUCUUCCGGCCUCGCGGCGGCGGACACGGAGGGCCGAGCGGGGCGCGGGAAGGCCAGCCCCAGCGCCGGGAAGGGGCGGCCGGGCGCAGGCGGAGGUUCCCUGGGUGUUGACCGCAGAUGGCAGGCAGGAGGCCCCGCGCAGGCUCGGAUCGGCCCUAGGCCUGCUGAGCGUCUGAGCCAGCAUGGCCCAGCCACUGCCCUUUGUGCUGGAUGUUCCUGCCGAGGUCGAGAAUGCAGACCUGGAUCCCAGCCCCUGCGAUGAGAGCGAGGUGCAUGACUCCUUCCAUCGGCUCAUCCAGGAGCAGAGCCUGCGCGCGGCCCAGGAGGGCCUGGAGCUGCAGGAAAGGCAGGCGGCGGCCACAGCUGCAGGCAGUGGUUCCCAGAACUUGCUGGGGCCCGAGGGGCCUGUGGUGCACAGCACGGCCACUCUGCAGAUCCUGGCCAGCAUGCCCAGUCGGACCAUCGGCCGCAGCCGAGGCGCCAUCAUCUCCCAGUACUACAACCGCACGGCCCAGCGGCGCUGGCGGCGUGGGAGCAGCCGACCCCUGCUCGGGGACCUGGUCCCCUCGGCCCGGCCCAGCCUCCGCCUGCGUGACCUGGAGGUGGACUCGUCGGCCCAGGAGGAGGAGGCAGAGAAGCGGAGCCUGCUGGUGCAGGAGCUGCAGGGCCUGUCAGGUACCCAGCGGGACCAGCUGCUGCGGGGCAUGCCACUGAGCCUGGCUGAGAAGCGCAGCCUGCGAGAGAAGAGCCGGGCGCCCAGGGGCCGGCGAGGUCGCACUGGGAUCUCGGCCUGCUGCGGCCAGCUCGGGGACUCCUUCAUCCUGGCCUGGCACAGCCUGGGGCUGGCGCUGCUCGCGGGCCUGCAGGCCCUGGUGCCCUGGCGCGACGCGCUGAAGCAGAUCGGCGGCCAGUUUGGCUCCAGCGUGCUCUGCUACUUCCUGUUCCUCAAGACGCUGCUGGGCCUGAACCUGCUGCUGCUGCCGCUGCUGCUGGGCCUCCUGGUGGGCGUGCAGGCUGCCUUCCCGCCGCCACCUGCCGCCACCAGCACCUUCACUGGCCUGGAGCUGCUCACGGGUGGGGGCCGCUUCACGCACACGCUCAUGUACUAUGGCUACUACAGCAAUGCCACCCUGAACCAGCCGUGCGAGGCCCCCGGGGACGCGGGCCAGUGUGCCCCCCGCGCUGGCAGCCUGCCCUACAACAUGCCCCUGGCUUACCUCUUCACCAUGGGUGCUGCUUUCUUUGUGACCUGUAUCACCCUGGUGUACAGCAUGUCCCGCUCCUUCGGGGAGAGCUACCGCGUGGGCAGCACCUCCGGCGUGCAUGCACUCACCGUCUUCUGCUCCUGGGACCACAAGGUGACCCAGCGGCGGGCCUCCCGCCUGCAACACGACACCCUCCGCACGCGGCUCAAGGAGCUGCUGGCCGAGUGGCAGCUGCGGCAGAGUCCGCGGAGCACGUGCGGGAAGCUGCGGCGUACCUGUGUGCUGGGGCUCGUGUGGCUGCUGUGCCUCGGAGCCACGCUGGGCUGCUGCGUGGCUGUGCUGGUCUUCUCGGAGGCCCAGACCUGGGUGGCUGAAGACCAGGAAGUGGCCCUGCUGGCACUGCCCCUGGUGGUCUCUCUCCUCAACCUCGGUGCUUCCUACCUGUUCCGCGGCCUGGCCGCCCUGGAGCGCCUGGACUCCCCGCUGCUGGAGGUGUAUGUGGCUGUCUGCAGGAACCUGAUCCUGAAGAUGACCGUUCUGGGCAUCCUCUGUUACCACUGGCUGGGCCGCCGCGUGCCGACCCUGCAGGGCCGCUGCUGGGAGAACUUCGUGGGUCAGGAGUUGUACCGGUUCAUAGUCACGGACCUGGCCUUCACGCUGCUGGACUCGCUGCUCGGGGAGCUGGUGUGGAGGCUCAUCUCUGAGAAGAGGCUCAGCCGCAGGAAGCCCGAGUUUGACAUUGCACGGAACGUUCUGGACCUGAUCUAUGGGCAGACUCUGAUCUGGCUGGGGGUUCUCUUCUCGCCACUCCUUCCUGCCGUGCAGGUCCUGAAGUUGCUACUCCUCUUUUACGUCAAGAAGGCCAGCCUCCUGGCCAACUGCCAGGCGCCGCGGCGGCCGUGGCUGGCGUGUCGCAUGAACACCGUCUUCUGCACGUUGCUCUGCUUCCCGUCCUUCCUGGGCGCCGCCAUCUUCCUGUGCUAUGCCGUCUGGCAGGUGAGGCCUUCCGGCACGUGCGGUCCCUUCCGCACCCUGGCCAGCAUGUAUGAGGCGGGCACAGUGUGGGUGCAUCACCUGGAGCGCGCAGGCCCGGGGGUGUCCUGGCUGCCCUGGGCGCAUCGCUACCUGGUGGAGAAUACCUCCUUCCUCUUCCUGCUGUCCGCCCUGCUGCUGGCGGUCAUCUACCUCAACAUCCAGGUGGUGAAGGGCCAGCGCAAGGUCAUCUGUCUCCUCAAGGAGCAGAUCUUCAACGAGGGGGAGGACAAAAUCUUCUUGAUCAACAAGCUCCAUUCCAUCUACGAGAAGAAGGAGAGGAGGGCCGCUGGAGCCGAGGAGCCUGUGUCGCCCGGGCCACUGCCUGUCGCCCGGGCCACGCCUGCUGGAAUGGCUAGUGUCUCAUAGGCACCCUCAGCACCCAGGUGUUCUCAGCCCACCAGGCUGGUCAAGUGACUGCCAGCCCUGCCAGCCCUGCCAACUGCAGCCUGGAGCCCAGGGGUGGGCACCCCAGGGACUCGACCCUGCCUGGGACUGUUUUUUCUUCUUAAAUGGGCUUUUCUAAUGAGCCUGUCUCGUGAGUCUGUGUGCCUCACCAGGGCCUGCUGUGCCCACAGCCCACACAUUCCUGCGGCUCCGCACUCCCAGACUUAACCUGUAGGAGCCACAGCUGGGGAGCUGAGAGCGCCCUCUGCUGGUGGGGCUUGUGAAGGCGAUGUUGGCCAGCCCGGAGGGGCCCCAGGCACAGGCUGUCUGCUGCCGGCCCAAGGUGGUGUCUGAGUUGCCCCAAAGGGCAGGGCUUGGUGUGUCAAGUGCCCCGGGCCCCUGCCUAGGGUCACAGUCUGGCCAUGCUGAGGGGCUGGUGGGUUAGAGGGAGAUGGGGUAGGAGAGGCGAGGGCCCACCUGGGUCCAUGAUCACAGACUCUGCCCCCUUGGAAGGCCAAAGCCGUGGGAUGCUCCUAUGUACGGCAGCUGUCCUGGGCCACAAGCCUUCCUAACCAAUCCUGGGCCUGUCUGGGCCCUUGUUGCUGCAUGGCACACCUGGGCCCUCCUGGCUGGGCCCCGGUUGCAGUUAGCAUCCAGCCAGUGAGUCAACCAGUGGAUUAACUAUAUGUGUUUCCAAGAAAUGAGUAGUCCUUUAAAAAAAAAAAUCUGUGCUAGGACAGCCCUGGGCUCCAGAUGGGGCUGUGGCCGGCUAUGGGAUUUCGCGUCUACCAGGUCAUCCUGAUGGACCCCCAGUGUUAGUGCAGUCAGCCAGUCAGGAACAGGGACCCCACCCCUGGGUGGGGGGUCCCCUGGGGGCUGCCAGCUCCGGGUCGGGGAAGGAACUUCUGGACCCCCGGCUUUUCCCUGGUGCUGGCUCCUGCCCUUGCUUCCUUCAUGUGGCCCAUGACACCCUCACAGCAAGAAUCUGGCUCCUGGCCACCUGGCCACCACCUCCAGGUGCCCGAGAGCGGGUCCUUUCCCUGCCUCAGGGAGGCGAGCAGAUGUGGGGAGGCCUGGAAGUCCUGUGUGGGGAGUGCCCACACCUGGCCGCUGGUGCUAUCAGAGCCAUUUCUGCCUCCGUGUCGCCACAGCCGCUUCCAGACGGCCAACCGUGCAUGGGCACCUGUGGCCGAGCCAAGGGCUGCCCCUGGGAAACCAGACUGUGUCCACGUGGAUGUCCAGAAAAGUGCCAUUGAGUUGGGUCCCAUGGUGCAUGCACUGGCCCAGAACAUGAAGGGCCAUGCGCUUGCCAACCUCAGACACCGUAAGGACUAUGAAAGGUCCCCCGAACCAACCCACAGCAAACCCUGCGGCACCCCAGGCAGGUCUGCCACCUCCAGCCCCAGGAAAGCACGAGUGUGCGGCCCAGCGUGAGCUGGAGUCCGGGUGUGCUCCGGCAGGGUGCGGUGGCCAGCGGAGCUCAGCCCAGCAACCUGGAGAGUCCGAGCCCGCCUUCUGCAGUGCAGGUCCUCUAGAGAACCGGCUCCUGUUGGUGUACAAUCCCGCACAACUCUGGAUGGAACCACUGAAAAGCGAAUUAACACAAAGGCCACACCUGGGCUUCUCCCCGAGGCGGCAGCAGGGUUCCUCCACCACACACAGGGUGUGUUUCUCCAUUGUCUGUCUUCCGUGCAAAACAAAACAUUGAUCAUUUUAAAACAUAAAGCAAUUUUUAAUAUAUAAAGCACUCUUCAAA